AUGCCGCUGACCAAGACUUUGGCGAUGAUGAUUUUGUCCAUUCUUGGGAGGGCCUUGUCCCAUGAAUCUUCAAGCUGCGUGGGUUGCAAGCAUGACGAGAUCAUGCUCCUGCAGGUGGUGAAGGAGCAGCAGGCGGACGUUGCUUCCCACGAGUACCACGCCCGGCGACAUCGUCGCCACCGGCGUCCUCGUCGACGUGCUCGCAGGUCCCGCCGGUACGGACGCUAUGGUUACUAUGGUAGCUAUGGUGCGAAGAGCACGACAAGCAGCAGCAGCAGCAGCAGCAGCAGCAGCAGCAGCAGCAGUAGCAGCAGCAGCAGCAGCACCACCACCACCACCACCACCAGCACCACCACAAGUGUGGUGUGCACUGGUGGCAAUGCCAAUGGAGGGCAAGGCCAGCAACUGGUCGAAAACCUCAGCCCCCCGCAAAACCCCAUAACGAUCGAGUCAGCUGUGACGAGCUCCGAGUGUCAGUGCGUGGGCGGCACUAGCGGUGAUACACUUGUGCCCGGGUACUUGUCGGUUGUUUUGGGUUUCUUUGCAGAUCCGGACGAGAUCCGUUUCAUCUCUGUCACCAGCCCUAACGGAACAGAGAAGAACUUGACAGCAGUACUCAACACCCCAAAGAAUAAUGCCGCUCUCGAAGCCGGAACUGUGGCCUUCAAUGGGUUCUCAGCAAUUGGUGGUUGGACUAUCAAAGCGCUGGAUGGCAGUGGCAACCUUGCCAGCCAAAACGCUUCCCUCGCAAUCUUGCGGCUUGGCCUGCAGCCUUGCGAUCGAAUCUUGCCGGCUGCGGAUUGCUUCGGCAACAACUUCGACGGGAAAUUGGGGGUUUUCAACAAUCAGUCACUGCUAGGUACCGCUCUUUCCUCUACCCCGACCGCUAUGCAAUUUCAUGCAGACCUGCCUCCUGCUUGUUGUCUCCCUCUUUUCUCUACCUCGAUCACCUUGCAAUUCAGCAACAGUCCCGCCAUUGGUGGUGUCGUAAGUGCUUCCGGUCGCAGCCCAGACCCAGGGGGUGCCAACUUCACUUUGGCUGGAAACGUCCAGCCCGACAUCGGAUUUCGCAUCGUGAUCAUGGUGACCAACGAGCCGGACUUUGCUGGUAAUCCGGCAGCGGGGCUUUGGAAUUUCAAUGUCUCCACGAAUGGUUUUGUUGCAAUCAUUGGCAACGCUCUGCAGGAUCCGCGCAUGCAGCUCGCAUUGGAGCCUUGCCCAUAG